CGCAAAGGAUUCCGAAAUUGUUGAGUAUUGAGUAGAUAGAUAGUAUAUACAUGUACCUACCCACCUAACCUAGGUAGGUACAUACCUAUAGUCUUAGAUUUGUAAUACGAUAAUUAAAUGUAACCGCUUAAGAUCGAUGUACACUUGAGUGUAACGAUAGACGAUGUAAUUAGUAAUCGGACUUCUUUCUAAUGCAAGCCCCUGCGGUUGAAAAAAAGCAAAUCCAGAGACGUCACCGUUUUAUGCGUGAACUUCUCAAAGCAAACAGGCUUGUAUCACAUUCCAAUCCUCGGGACUUAAAGUUGGGUUUACCUGUCCUCCCUUAUUAGAUCUCACUCUUUUUGAAAGGAGAAAAGAAGUAAAGAGGGAAAGAAAAAGUCACGAUGAAAGCUCUUGUAACAGUGGCAAAAGGCAAGGUUGAGGUCCAGGAGGUCUCAAAACCUAAACUUCGGGAUGGCCAUGUUCUCGUCAAGGUGAAGGCUGUUGGCCUCAACCCUGCGGACUGGAAGAAUAUCGAUAACCAGACAACCCCCGGUAUGAGGGUUGGGCUAGAUUACAGCGGGGUUGUAGAGGAGCUGGGUAACGGGGUGACGCAGUUUAAGCCGGGUGACCGCAUAGCGGGAUGGGUUUGUGGCGGAAACCGAUUGCAACCCGAGAGUGGUGCGUUCGGGGAGUACACCAUCGCCAAGGCGGCCCUCCAGAUCAAGGUCCCCGAUAACAUCACCGACGAGCAGGCCGCCACCUUUGGGGUUUCGCUGUCGACAGUGGCACAAGGUCUCUACAAAGUCCUCUCCCUCCCCUGGCCCAACUCGCCCGCCCCUGCCCCCGGCCCCCCGAUCCUCAUCUACGGCGGCAGCACCGCGACCGGGAUCUACGGGAUCCAGUUCGCCAAGGCAUCGGGACUGACGGUGCUUGCGACCGCGUCGCCGCACAACUUCGCGUACCUCCGCGACCUCGGCGCCGACGCCGUCUUCGACUACCACUCCCCCACCUGCGCCGCCGACAUCAAAGCCCACACGGCGAAUAAGCUAAGGUUCGCGUGGGACUGCUCGGGCCACGGCGCCGCGGUGUGCGCGGGCGCGCUGAGCGAUGAUGAGGAAGGGGCUAGGCCUAGGUACGCUACCAUCAUACCGAUCGACCGCGCGCAGGUCGAAAGCGUCAACCCGAGGGUGGAUGGCCCGCACUUCCACCUCGCGUACUGCGUGUUAGGUGAGCAGUUCGAGAUGGCGGGGAAGAAGUGGGAUGUCGAUCCCAAGGAGAUGGAACACGCGGAGAAGGUGUUACGGCUGGUGCCGGGGUUGUUGGAGAGGGGGGUGGUGAGGCCGGUGAGGACGAUUGGGGGGGAGGGGAAAAGGGGUUUGGAGGGGGUGGUGGAGGGGUUGGAUGAGUUGAGGGGGGGGAGGGUUAGUGCGGGGAAGUUGGUUUAUACGUUGUAGGAAGCUGUGGGAGUGAGAGCGUGCUUGUAUUUGAGGGAGAGGGAGAAGAGUGAAGUGAGUCUGAUAGCUUAUAUGUAGUUGUUGUCUACAUACCUACUUACCUAUAUAGUGACUAAGUCACAAUAUAUUACGCUAAGUAGUUUAACUGGGCUGCCAGCCUUCUGGAAAUGAGCACAUAUGAAUCCCGUGAUUGGGUCGUAGUUCUUCUGACCCCUUCCCACGUGGUGAUCGAGUGGUUGAUUAUUGGACUCGACUCGAGAUUGGGUAAUUGUGAGUUCUGAGUGUUACUAGAAUCUUGAUGCAAGAGAACUGGUUAUGAGUAAGCCUGGCAUAUUAGUUGAGCAGAUACCACGCACACCGCGGAAGGUAUAAUACGUAAGGCUUUAAGGGUAUGUAACUCUAACAGUCAUGCAGCUGAUCGUAGUUUUAACCGUUUUAGGGGGGUUAAG